AUGGUUAGCUUUUGUUUUAUUCGCGCUGUUGUGCUGGCCACAACAUCCGCAUUCCUGGUCAACGCACAUACCCAACUCUACGCAUUCGACGUCGAAGGCGGCAGUCUGACAAAGAAUGCGCACAUGCUAGUAACUAACAUGGGCAAUGCUCCUCUCAGACUUACCACGUUAAACGACAACGAGCUCCGCUGCAGAAGCAAGAGUACCGACACUACCGGUAUUACUCCUCUCACUGUCGCCGCUGGAUCCACACUGUCCUUCAAGUACUACCAUGCGCACACCGUUGCAAAUUCCCAUGAAGUUUUGCCUUCAUCCCAUUCUGGACCCUGCACUGUGCACCUGGCUCUCGCUAGCAGCAACGGUGAGGGCGACGUGUGGUUCAAGAUAUUUGAAGAGAGUUAUGACCCCAAAACCAAGGAGUGGUGCGCUAUCAAGGCCAGGAAUAACCAGGGUAUAUUCAGCAUCAAGAUUCCUACAGAUAUCAAGCCGGAGACCUAUAUUAUCAGGUCAGAAUUGAUUGCCCUGCAUCAGGGUGCAAGCACGGGUGCCCAGCUGUACCCUAAUUGCGGCCUAAUCACUAUCACCGGUACCGGCAAGUUGGAGCCAAAGGGGUACCCCAUUCCGGGAAUAUACUCGUCGACCGACGUUGGAUUAAAUAUGGACCGUAAAGACUUUACAACCCCGUACCCGAUUCCAGGCGCGCCCAUGUAUAACGCGAAGAGUUAA